AUGAAUCAAAUCUUUUAUACCGUUGUAUUGGGGCUUGCUGAUAGGAAUGCAUCAAGGAAUAAACCAGGGAUGGUCCAGUCGAAGAAGAACAAGAAAGUUACUCAAAAUAGUAACGAAGAAUUAAAAGAGACUAAUGGUGGAGGAAGUGGCAUCUCUGAGGAUGACUGCAGUGGUUCUCAAGAAAUAAAUGAAGGGGAAAACUCAGAUUGUCUGAAAUCAAAUGGAAAAGCAAAAACCAGCAGGGGUUCUGCAACUGAUCCUCAAAGUCUUUAUGCAAGGAAAAGAAGAGAAAGGAUUAAUGAGAGAUUGAAAAUCUUGCAGAACCUUGUCCCAAAUGGAAAAAAGGUUGACAUUAGCACAAUGCUCGAAGAGGCUGUCCAUUAUGUAAAGUUUUUACAGGUUCAAAUUAAGUUAUUAAGCUCUGACGAUCUGUGGAUGUAUGCUCCUAUUGCUUACAAUGGCCAGGACAUUGGCCUUAAUUAGAAGAUUCCUCCGACAAUAUUGGUGCAGCUGCUGCUUAAUUAUGUACUUAAAAAUUAAUUUAUAGUUGUUCUGACUUGUAAUGAAUUAAACCAAGAUGAAAGCAUUUCUCAUGUUUCAUGUUAUAACGAAACCGAGAUCCAGAACCAGAAAGGCUUUUGCCUUGUCCAAGAUUCGCAAAUCUGCUCAUGUAUUGUAUACGUACAAAAUGUUAGAAAGA